AUGAUCAUUAGAAGACUGGGACAAUGGUUCAUUGAAGCAGAAGUUAUUACUGGAUCACAUGUCGGCGACGUGGUUUUUCUACCUCGAAGGCAAUUCCCUAUUGCAUUGUGUUAUGCAAUGACAAUCAACAAAAGUCAAGGGCAAUCACUACAAAAGAUGGGAAUGUGUUUACAACAGCAAGUCUUCAGUCAUGGACAACUGUAUGUUGCUCUAUCACGAGUUACUUCCAGAACUGGGUUGAAGAUACUUAGUUGUGACCAAGAAGAGAAACCUCAAUCAUGGAUGCAAAAUAUAGUAUACAAAGAAAUUUGCAUAAUGUGGAGUGCCAGUUCAUGA